AUGCCGGCUAAAGUGAUAGCACAAGACAAUCAGCAUGAAGAAAGCCUUGAUAAAAUCUUACGGGGGCAUCAGAAUGAUGGAGAUCGCAAAGUAAAUUCAGAAACAGAUAUAACAAUCGCUAUAGCUGAACAUUUAUUGGGAAAGCUUUCACCAGGAAAAUCUUACAUCAUUGAUUCAAGGGUUGAAAGGAAAGAGAAGUGUAGCUGUGGAUUUAGUCAUUGUAAAAGUGAUCCUGCAUUUGGAAGCACUGGUAUAGGUCAUGAGGACACCUGGCAUGGGUUCAUUGAGGUCUUAUUUCCGUCACAGAGUGGAAUACCAGAGACUGCAGCUACUUUUGUUGAAUGUAACCAGAGUCCAGCAACACUAACAUGCCCUCUUGAUGAAUCUGAAGAAGAUUUUUCUGGAAGGAAGUUGAUGCGUGCUGAAAAUCAAGCUCUAGCCCAAACAAUUGUGUUUUCCUUUAUCCAAAGAAAAAGGCAUCCAGAUUUUUCCAAUUUCUUAAUUCCAAACAUUCUGAUUUCUCCACAUGAUUUUCGAAUUAUUAUGUAUGACAGUGUUAAUGACAUUUUGAUAUGCAGUGUACCGGUGCCACUUUUUCAUCCUUAUCCGUCCAGUUCUCUUCAGAUUGCAUCAAUCAUUAUUCUCUGGAUGGUUUUGCACUAUAGAAUGUUUUGUGUGGGAAUAGACACUUCAUUAAUAAUAGAAACAAUCGAUGAAAUGAAGAAGAUUCAAUCCAAUUUUAAAGACAGAGCAAAGGAAAAAUUAGAUCUGUAUGUUCAUGCGUCAAAAUUUUGUGUUCAGGAUUUCCCUAUCGUACAGAGACCAGCAUUACCAUCCCAUGACCUGCUUGGGUUUGGAAUACAUUUGAUUCCACAAAAAUAAGUUAUCCACCACUUUCUGGUCUGAAAUAUGCAGGAUUUUACGUUACGUGUACGUCAUUCCACAGUGUCAGGAAUACCACAUACAAAUGUAUUUGUCUCUGCUGCAAGGAGAAAUCUUUGUGGUACAGCUACAAGCUUUCUACAGUGAUUAUUAUUUUUGCAGAUUUAUGUUAUAUUCUCAGACUGGUAUCGAUAAUUGAAACUGAACCAAAAUGUAUUAUGAGUUUUUCAUGUCACUGUCUUGUAAUGACUUGGGGCACAAAGUGAUGCCUCUUUCAGUCUGACAUUUUUUAAAAAUAAACUGGUUUUCCAGACAUAA